AUGAAGUUCUCUCUGUGCAUUGCGGCUCUUGUGUCUGUCGCCGUCGCCAGCUCUAUGCAGGAUCACCAGGAUUUCGUCAAGCGUCAGGUAGACAGCGGCAACGCCCAGGGCGAGGUGCCUGCAGAAGUGGCUGCCAUGACCGACGCCGACGGCAACGUGGUGGAGUUUGACGCCAGCAAAGUCGUCCUCGGUGCGGCCAGAAUGUGA